AGUGGAGAAUAGGAAAGAUUUUAUUAAAGAAAUGUGAUAUUUCAGAGAGAAGAAGCUCAAACAAACACAAAGGAAGAAUAAAAGAAGCAAGGGAGCCGUUUCAAAGGAAUAUCACACCUACUACUACUACUUAUGUGACUAUGUCUUCUGGACUAGUGGUAGGUUGCCAGGGCACGAUGACGUUUUUGGAGUCGUUAACUCCCGCUAUUGCAAAAAAAUUUCAGAGAACUGGAAAUGUAAUGGCAGUACCUAGUGGGGAGAAAAUUGUGCUUAUGUUCUCCUGCUCUUCUGCCCAAGAGUAUGGAAAUUUCUGAAGAUGCUGCAAAAAUUGGAUACUAAUUGUUGAGCAAAAUUUCCAAAUACCAGGUAAAUUGACGAGCUGAUCAUCAUGCCUUUACUCGUAACUUCUUUAAUAAAAUUCAGGUCAACAGUCAAGAGUUUUGAUACAAUGAAAUGAGGAUUCCCUAUAUAGAAAAAGUUGUGAUUGUGCUUAUGUUGUGUAAUACAUGUGUCCUCACCAACUGACAUAUACCAAGUUGAGCGUUUCCGUGUCAUCCUUGUGUGCCAUCAUGUUCUCAGUGAAGAACUAGCUUUUAAAUGCAGUAUAAUGCCAUUGAAAUAAUUAAUAAAAAUUAUUUUAAGAAAAUAUUUUAUUAAAAUAGUAGUUUAUAUGGUAAAACUAUUAAAAUGCCCUUGGAUGCAUUAAAGCUAGAACUGGCUAAUAGGAAAAAAUUAUGUUAGUAGUGUUUGUUGUAAUUCUCAUAUCUGUAUUACGAAGUUUGGAGUUUAGAGCUUGACUUUCAUGAGGUGUAUUGGAAAUUAAUGAAAACCCAACAUCAUCUUGCAACAAAAAACUAAAAUGAAUUCUGAACUUUCAGUAGAAUGUCCUCUUAAAAGUGAAAUUGAGGAUCCAUUGUCACUCUCUCCAGCAAUUCAUGAAUGUAAGGUUUCUGCUGGCUUUACAGCCACUGAUGAUAGCUCUUUGUUUGUGGAUCCAUGCGUUGGAAUUAAGAUAGAACCAGAAGUAAUAGUAUCUGAAGAAGAUGAGAGUUUUCAGACAGACGUCAAACAUGAAUGUGGUAGACAUUUUGAAUCAUGUGGUAAACAAGACAAUCUUACAUGUUGCCAAGGAAUGAAAAAAGAAGAGGAAAUAUUUUCAUGCAGUGAAAAUGGAGAACACUUUUCACAGGUAGAGGCUCUUGGGAAUCACAUGGUUAUUCAUACUGGAGAGGAGCAAUUCACAAGUGAAUGUGUAAAUCAUAAUCAAGAGACUCAUCUCAAAACUCAAAUUGAAGAGAAACCAUUUAAAUGCAGUGAAUGUGAGAAAACGUUUUCUCUGGAAGUAUAUCUCAGAAGACAUAUUAAUCAGCACAUGAGAAAGAGGCCAUUCACAUGUGAGGAAUGUGGGCAAGCAUUUACUUUAAAAUGCUACCUUACAAGACAUAUGAAAAUUCAUACAGGGGAGAAGCCAUUUGGAUGCAGAGAAUGUGGUAAAGCAUUUGUUCAAAAGAACGAUCUUAAAAUUCAUAUUAGGACUCACACUGGAGAGAAGCCAUACAGCUGCAGUGAAUGUGGGAAACCAUUUGCACAAAAAGGUUAUCUUACACAUCAUAUGAGGAUUCACACUGGAGAAAAGCCAUUCAACUGCAAUGAAUGUGGGAAAGCUUUUCCUACAAAAACUGCACUUACAUGCCACAUGAAGGUUCACACAGGCGAGAAGCCAUUCAAAUGCAGUGAGUGCGGGAGAGCCUUUGCUGAAAAAAGUAAGCUUGAGAGACACAUGAAUAUUCAUGCAGAAAUAAAACCUUUCACAUGCAGUGAAUGUGGCAAAGCUUUUCCUACACAGAGCUCCCUUGCAUGCCAUGUGAAAGCUCAUACAGCCGAGAAGCCAUUCAGUUGUACUGAAUGUGGGAAAGCGUUUGCUGAAAAACAUAAACUGGGGAGACACAUGAUUAUUCAUACUGGAGAAAAACCCUUUAUUUGCACUGACUGUGGGAAAGCAUUUACACAUAAAAACAGUCUUAAAGUUCAUGGGAGGAUACACACUGGAGAGAAGCCAUUCUUGUGCAGUGAAUGUGGGAAAGCAUUUAAUACUAAUUCUAAUCUCAAGAUUCAUAUGAGUGUUCACAAUAAAAAGGACCUAUAAGGAAUGUUGGAACCUUUGUCUCAGAAAACUAAGUACAGUGGCGGCUCGUCAGUAGCCACUGUGGAACUGCAACACCCCCUAUAGAUUUUAUAUACGUAUAUGCACAAAAUUAUGAAUAUAUACAUGGAUAUGAGAAAUUAAGUAUAGAUUAUCAAUAUCCUUAAAAAAACUAUUACCAUUCUCUUGUUUUAGUAAAUAGAAAAAAAGCACAUGAAUUGAAACAAUGUGGAACUGCUGGUGCUCAGCAGUUCUAAUUUUGCUAGCUGGGUGGUGUGUGGUAGCCAGCCCGCACAUAAAGGUGCGGGGAGCACUGCCCUCCCAAGCAGUGUUAGUCUAACUGCUGGAGGGGAAAGGUGUAUGUUUUUAAAUUUGUCAAAGCUUAACCAAUAUGUGCUGUUAUUGAUACUGGUCAAAUUAGUGACGAUACUGAUGAUAUGUAAUGUAAAUGCAGAAUAAUCAACUUUUUUUUUUCCUUCACCUCAUGUUCUUUGUUCCUUUCUUUAUUUGUUUCCUUUCUAUUUUGGAUUUUAUUAUUUAAUUGAUUUUGAUUCAUGGCGACAGGGUGCGCAUAUAUUUACAUUUUUUUUUGAACUUACAUCCUUUUCCUUCUUUUAGGAUUUUGCAGAGAUGUACAUUUUUGGAUGUACAUCUCUGCAUUCAUCCUCAUAGCCAUCUAGGUAUGCACAUUUACCAUAGAUUUCAUAAUUGUGACAUACCUUGGGAUGUUUGUAGUAACAUCUUUCACCGAAUCUGCAAUUCCCUCUUUUCAAAAGGGUGGAGAGAGAGAGAGAGAGAGAGAGAGAGAGAGAGAGAGAGAGAGAGAGAGAGAGAGAGAGAGAGAGAGAGAGAGAGAGAGAGAGAGAGAGAGAGAGAGAGAGAGAGGCCUUUUAUUUGUAAGACUAUUAUAUAUACAUAUAUAUCAUAUACAUGUGUUUUUAUGCAGUUAAUUUCAAGGAAUUAAAAUAAAUGAUGUAACAGCACCCCUAUGAAUGAUAGCCACGAGCCUUCACUGAUUACGUAUUACAAAUGUUAGAUUUAUUUUUCAUAUGUUAAGUUUUAAAACUACGUACCAGGGUAAUUGAUGCUGAUACAUCAGUUAAGAACCAUUCAAUUUCCUUCCUCGGAAGCUAAUAAUCACAAGAUUUAUUGUUAUUCACCCAUACUAGAAGUCAUUUAUUUUAUAUGAAGAUAAGAGUGUAUUGUCUGACUUUAUGUUUUACAUAUAUGUAUAUAUGUACGUACAUAAGAAUCCACCUGAAGAGGAAACUGUUGUUUUUGAAACUGGAAGAGGAUUCUGUCAGACUAAAAGUUAAGGUUAGAAAAAAUCAUUCCAUAUAUUGAGAUGUUAUUCUUGAAGAAUACCUUUUUGAAGAGAAUGUGAAAUACAAGAUAAGUAGUCCAAGAAGCAUUGCCUGAAGAAAUUACAAGAAUAGAGUAAGUCCAUUUUAGAUAGUCAUAACAAAUUACAGGCUUUCCUCUUCUUUUGCUUUAAACAACAAUGCAUUAUUUAGAUUAAGUCUUAAACUAUGAUUCUUACAGCACAAAAGUUGUGAACUCUUCUCUUAGGGUGGAGAAAAGUAUUCUGAUGAGAAGUGGUAAGAAUAAGGAAAAUAAUCUUGCUUAAGGAAGAUUUGAAGGUUAACCCAUCUUCUGUUUACUGUUGAAGAACUUUAAAGAAAAUAUAUUACAAAAUACACUUUGUAAUCAA